ACCCAAUAUUACUUUUUCUUUUACAGUGGCUUUGACAUGGCUCUUACCGAUAUCCUGACAGAAGCUGAAAUUGCUGCUGGCCUACAGAGCUGUCAAGCUGCUGACUCAUUUGAUUACAAAACCUUUUUUGUCAAAGUGGGUCUCAACUCCAAGUCCAAAGACCAGGUUGCCAAAGUCUUCGGAAUUCUCGACCAGGACAAGAGUGGCUUUAUUGAGGAAGAUGAACUGAAACUUUUCCUGCAGAAUUUCUCAGCCAGUGCCAGAGCUCUGACUGAUGCUGAGACCAAGGCAUUCCUAGCAGCAGGUGACAGUGAUGGAGAUGGCAAAAUUGGAGUGGAUGAGUUCCAAGCUCUGGUUAAAUCUUAG